CGUAUGCUUUUGUUUUCAUUGCAGAUAAAAAUUUAAAAGACAAUAUUCAUCAUGAUAAUGGAGAAUGGGAGAUAGAAGACAUAAGCGAGGAAGUGUUUAGUUCGGCAAUGGACUAUAAAGCCAAUCCGGAUCAAAAAUACUUGUUUGCCCAAUACACACUGGUUAUCAAUCGAAAGCCACUGUUCUACGUCAUGCUGCUGAUUAUUCCUUGUUUACUUUGCACGUUGUUGGUUCUGGUCAGUUUUGCAAUUCCUCCAGAAAAUGACGAGACGACCGUUUUUACCUCAGUCAGCGUUUAUCUGCUUAUAAUGGCGGAAUUGCUGCCAGAAAAAUCAGACACGUUGCCGAUUCUGGGUAUCUAUUACACCAUAACAAUGAGUGAGAUCGCACUCGUACUAACCACCACUAUUCUUAUACUGAGUGCGUACCAUUCAGCUAGAGAGCCGCCAGCUUGGCUCAAAGCACUGUACAGAAUGUGCAGUUGCAAGCCAAAGAGAAAGAAUGAAGUCAGUGUGAGCCGGUUAUUUGUGAAACCAAAUGCUGUGGAGAGUGAAGCUACCACCGCUAAUCGACGCGAUUUAGAUAAGCUGCAAGUUCCAGCCCCAGUCGAUCCUGAAUGUGAGCCUGCGGUGUUAAAUAACUCUGAACCAGCGGAGUAUGUCGAGGAGGAUGACAACAGAAAAAUCUGGCGCGCCACCGCCAUCACCUGUGAUCGAAUAUUCUUUUGGGUGUUUUUGCUGAUAUUUAUUAUUUCCACUGGAUAUUUAAUUAUAUCGUCCAAAGCUCAGGUUUUGAGAAUUAAAAACUUUAAAUUAACUGACGUUGGAUAGGGGGGAGACGGUGUGCUUGUGGAAGUGUGGGGUGGGGGUGUAAAGAGAUUUAUUACGUAACGUAAAAAAGCACUCUGUGCAAACGUUUUGCCGUGCAUUCCACUUUCAAACUCGUUCACAGAAAACUUUUUCUUUAAAAUCCAGUGUUUGCAGUGGUCGUGGAAACUUUCAGUAAAUCAAUAUGGAAAAAUUGGGCCCUCGUUGGGGCAUUUCAAUUGCCUUAUAACUAAAACAUAUCUUUAUUUUGUUAUGAAAAACCUGGAAGGUUUCCUACUGUGAUGCCGUGGUUGAUAAAGGACUGUUAUCAAGACAACGAUUGGUUUCAAAAUUCAUGCAUUUACAACUGCACAUGUAAAUAAGUUUCAUGUUAAGUAAAGGUGAGAUGUAUGUUUUUACCAAAAAUAUGUUUAAUGUCUUUGGUCAAUGCAGGCUUGAGUGCUGUCUCAUGUGCUGUUAGCAUCAGGUAUCGCACAGAAGUAGCGAUAGAUCAAUGUACAAAAAAGUGAGGCACUGAUAUUUUCGAUUUUGUUUAAUUUCUCCUGUAAAAGAAAUGUUGGGACAAUGCCAUAAUUUUGAGUUAUGGACAAUCUUGAGAAGUUCAGUGACGUGUCAAAGAAGUGUGUCCGUUUAGAAAUUAAAGUGUUGCAUUAUGUUUUCCUCGCUAUCGAAAAUUGAAGAAAAGCAAUCUUUACCCUUAGUUGUAAUAAAUACCAGGUUGUUGUUUUGUACUUUUGUGAACUCACUAUUUCAGACAUGUAAAUGCAACCAUGACGUUAUAAUAUAUACAUGUAAUAAAAUAGUGACCGCGUUUGCAAGUGAAUGUAAGGGUGCAUUUGAUUAUAAUUAUAGUUUGACUCGCAUAAUUUUUUUGGGUAAUGAAACGUCUAUAAAGUAAUGGAUUGUUGCGGUCAACGCACGCUUUGUGUAAUUAAUAUACACCAUGUGUCAUUCCAUCCAGAUAUUUUGUUAGAAGCAUUUUGCAAGGC